AUUGGAAAUCCUGGGACUUGAGGUACUCUCCCCUUCAUUCCACUGGUCCUUGUUGAUCAUUUUCACUAACUACGGCCAGAGCAACGGCCUGUCAAGACGAUACAGGUCCAUCCUUCCUUCUUCUUUCACUCAAACUUCGACAAAGCACAUCGACAUUCGACUGCCGAGCGUCCCAUCUAAGAUAAGUGCAUCACAUUGGCCAUGGGGUCCAUAGCGCGGGAUGUCCAAUCCCAAUUGGAACUUUUAGCGGGCGACGUGUUCCACAUUCACCGGGUGGAGCAAUGGAUCAUCCUCACGAGUAACCAGUUCGACUUGCACCUCCCGGAUGAAACCGGCGGGCCGCCUUUCCAAAGCUUGCACGUGCUCUACAAUUGGCAGACCCAAGAAUUCGUGUGUCGGACCAUGGGACGAUGUUUGGAACGAGGAUCCUUUGACUCCUUGGAUCAGUUGGCCCAAUUCGCCCAAGACACGUUCCAGGGCAAAUCGGCUUGCAUUGGAAGUGGGGAUUUUCCGGCCAGCUCAGUGUUCUCUGAGGGGUGUGCCAAGUAUAGGCGUUGCCAUAUUCCGUCGCCAGCACUCCCCCACAUUGACGACUCGACAUUAUCUCUCCGUGCAUUCAGGUGUGAAAGUUGUCAGAAAGACGUUAAAACGGAUAAGUUGCCUGUGACAUCGGACCCGAACCAAAGUGAGAUCAAGUCAGAGGUAUCCAAUACCAAUUUAGACCCAAAAGUGGAGAUGACACUUCAUUCUGACGUCGAUGAAGUCGAUCAUGACGAAGUUGAUUAUGAUGAUGAUGAUGAUGGUAGUGGACCUCCAGGCGACUAUGAAUUGCUCAAGACCGAGGUCGAACUUGACGCGGAAACCGAGUCUUCGGCAAUGGAGAUGAACGAUUUAGUUGAUUAUAUCAAGGAUGAACACGACCAAUCUUAUUCAAUAUUUGAUUCGGAUGGGGCGUGUCUUCGCAAGAAGAAGCGUGGUAGGCCCUCCAAGCGAAGUUGUCGACUGAAAUCCCAACCCAAGUAUUUCCCAGACACAAUUGAAAAGCAAAAAGUCAAAAUCAUCUACCCCAAAAAUGUGAAUCAUAAGCCCCGAGCCGACGGGAAAUUCGAGUGCGAGUAUUGCGGUCAUGCCGUAACGUCUCGAAGUGGAAAAACCGACCACAAAAAGCUCAAUCACGGCUGGGGUCAUUUCGGUUGUGAAUUGUGUCCCACCGUGUACAAAGAAGCGCUCGACUUUAUCCGUCACAUGAUGGACGCCCAUGUGGGAGUCUUAGAGGCCAUGUGUCCCCAAUGUCAGCAACGAGUGCAUUUCGAAGGGGAUGAGCAAGUAUUUGAAGGCCACUAUUCGGCUUGUGUCCGAUCUCACCGGGUGUCCCAAAAUGCCAAGCAAAUUGCCCUUCGACGGGAAAACAAACCGGAUCCCGUUCAGUGCACUUGUGACACGUGUGGCCGGCUUUUCAAUACCUUGGAGACCCUCAAGAUCCAUCAACGAAUCCACCAAGGCAAAGGCUUUGUGUGCAAGGAGUGCGGUUUCUGGGCCUCUCAUCGCUCAGUCCUCACCUCUCAUAUGCAGAAACACGAACGCGAAAAAGGCACGGCAACCGAGCUAGUUUGCCCGCACUGCGCCCAUGUUUGCUUGGGUGAGUCCCAAUACACGAACCACAUUAAGCGUCGCCACCAGCCGUACCAAUGCACGCAAUGUUCCGAGGUUUGUUUGGGAAAGCGUUUGCUUAAUAUCCAUAACUCCGAAGUCCAUGGGGCCAAUCGUUGUGAGAUUUGUGCCAUGUGCUUUGGCACAAGCAAUCUUCUUCGAAGACACAAGUUGACUCAUUUAGAGCCUUCGUUUAGUUGCCGAUUCUGUCCCAAAAUGUUCAAAGCGGAACGAUGCCUUGUCAACCAUGAACGGGUCCAUACCGGAGAAACCCCUUUCAAAUGCCGACUCUGUGAUUAUAAGUGCAAAUCAAGCGCUACUUUGAGCCUCCAUAAGAAAUUCAAGCACAAUGGAGGCAAAAGAUUGAGGAAACCCGAUGAUGAAGACAUCGAUGAUUGAUGUUGAAUGUUCGACGUGUAUCGAUAGAUAUCCUGCAAACAAAAAUCAUUUACAUCCGAUGAAAUUUGCAAUAAAAUAUUAGUGUCAAAUGUGCAAAUGAGGUCAAAACAUAGCAAGCCAAAAUCUUACGGUAAGAUGAAAAUUUAUCGUCAAAAAAAAAAAUUCGAAUUAUGGCCUCUUACCGGCUAAAGAGCGCAAAACAGCAGAUAACGCUCAGUAAACAGAGACUGUACUUUUGUUGUCAAUUUUUAUUUCAUAUUUCUGAGUUAAUCCUUAAUGAUUGACGCAGUUUCUUGCAGAUCAUUUGGUAACCUUCAAUUCAAACUUGGUCGAAAAGUUCAAUUCAUGGUGGAGAUAAUCCAGGCCAUAAUCAUAUGUAUGAAGUGGGAUUCGGACCCACACCCUCCGGGCGGGGAACCAAGUCGUGCUUCUAUCGGGCGCAUUAGACCACUCGGCUACCAUGGUUCCUUGUGUCUACUGAAUGAUGUUGACUGAAUGAUUUCAAUAAACAAUGAAGUUAUA